ACUCUAGCUGGGGAGAGAUUUCUCUCUGGGUAGCUCAGUAGGAAUUUUCCCAGUUGCCUGCUGAGAUGCCGGGUAAAAGUUGUCAGGAACUCAAUUGAGCCACUGGCUCAAAAGUCCUGGCCCAUCAUGGUGCCGGUAGACUAUUGUUUUAUCGAUCCCCCAACAGUGGCACAAUGAUUACCCUCUAAGGAAAACUCUUUAUUAAUAGUCUGGGGCAGCCAGGUGGCUUAGUGGGUAGGUCCUGGAUUCAAAUCUGGUCUCAGAUAAUUCCUACUGUGAGACCCUGGGCACCAGGUUUUUCAAAUUAAAGUCCGGGAUGGAGAACAGAUGAACAAAUUGAAUGAGCUGGUGAACAUGGAGAACUUCAAGCUCAAUUUCUGGAAACUGCCCACCACCCCUAAGCGUCCUGUGGAUGUGGUGGUGCCAUCAUCUAGUUUGAAACUUGUCAAAUCCUUCCUGGAAUCCCAUGGUUUAGAGUACUCCAUCUCCAUUGAAGACCUCCAGGCUCUCCUCGAUGAAGAAAUUAAAGAAAUGAAACAUAAUAGAGGAAAAGAACGAAAUAAUGGAAAUUUCAACUAUGGGGCUUAUCACAGCUUGGAAGAGCUUUAUCAGGAGAUGGACAGAAUUGCUUCGGAUUACCCCAACCUAGCGAGUCGCCAGGAGAUCGGGCGUUCUUUUGAGAAGCGGCCGCUGUACGUACUAAAGUUCAGCACUGGGAAAGGCAAGAGACCCGCCAUUUGGCUGAAUGCUGGAAUCCACUCUCGUGAAUGGAUCUCUCAGGCUACAGGAAUAUGGAUAGCCAGGAAGAUUGUUUCUGACUAUGGGAAUGAAUCAAGCAUCACCUCCAUCUUGGAUGAAAUGGAUAUCUUCCUGAUGCCUGUGGCCAAUCCUGAUGGAUAUGUCUAUUCUCAAACCAAAAACCGCUUCUGGAGGAAGACUCGAUCCCGUGUACCUGGAAUUCAAUGUGUAGGAGUUGACCCAAAUAGGAACUGGAAUGCAAGCUUUUCAGGAGAAGGAGCCAGUAACGACCCCUGCUCCGAAGCGUACCAUGGACCCAAGCCCCAUUCAGAAAUAGAAGUAAAAUCUGUGGUAGACUUCAUCCAAAACCAUGGGAAUUUCAAAAGCUUCAUUGACAUCCACAGCUACUCACAGCUCCUGAUGUAUCCUUAUGGGUACACAUGCAAGCACCCCCGUGACUUUGCUGAACUGGACCAAGUGGCACAUCGUGCGGCCAAAGCCCUUGCUUCCUUGUAUGGCACCUCCUACAGAGUGGGACCCAUCUGUUCAACUAUAUACAUGGCCAGUGGCAGCAGCAUAGACUGGGCCUAUGAGAAUGGAAUUAAAUAUGCGUUCACUUUCGAGCUGAGAGACACUGGACACUACGGCUUCCUUCUGCCAGCCCAGCAGAUCCUCCCGACCGCCGAGGAGACGUGGCUGGCCCUGAAAGUGAUCAUGAAGCACGUCCACCACCACCUCUACUAGAGCUCUCUCCGGAGCACAGAAGCAUCUGCCUGGAAGACUGCUGUGCUCACACGUGUACUUAGAGACACAUAUUCUCGAGGAGCUCUAGAAAACCAUCUUCUACUUAGGACUGGUGUGACUUUAGAUAACUCACUUAACAUCUCUGCCCUGCAAUUCUCUCAUCUGUGGGUCAUACUCAAUGAUCACCAAGGUCUCUUCCAGCUCUAACAUUCUAUAUAGGCAGACUGAUAAGGAGAGGAAAAGGAUGAUUCUAGAGUCAGGGGACCUGGGUUCAAACCCUACCUCUGUUUCUUGUUACCUGAGUGCCCUUGGCCAAGCAAGACACUCAACAUUCCUGGGUCUUGGUUUUCUCAUAUUUAAACGAUUGCAUAUUUAAACGAUCUGCAUUGGAGGAAACUGGAAUUUUUUUUUUUUAGAUAUGGAUUCUGAAGUCCCUCCUACUUCUUAACCUAUAAUCUCUUAUCUACUGUUUUCCAUAUUUCUCCUCUGUACCCGUUUGCCAACAUUUAAAUAAAAAGAAUGACCCCAAAAAGUUAAUUUCUUGCUUUUUCUCCCUCUCUCCCUCUCUCUCCCUUCUCUCUCGCUUUCUCCUUCUUUCUCCCUCUUUGUCUCUCUGUCUCUGUCUGCCUGUCUCUGUGUCUCUCCCUCCUCUCUCCUCUCUCCCCCCUCCUCCUAGUCUCCCCCCUCUCUCCCUCUUCUUCUCUCUCCCCUUCUCUCUUUCUCCCUCUCUCCUUUCUCUCUCUUCUCUCCCUCUCCCUCCUUCCCUCUCUCUCUUCCUCCCUUUCACCUCCCCAUCUCUUUCUCCUUCUUUCUCCCUCUCUCUCUCUCACCCUGAACCCCACUCUCUUUCUCCUUCCUUUUCUUUCUCUUCCUCCUUUUAUACUUCUGCCCUUUCUGCCAACUGUGCCAGGCUGUCACCAUGCUUGGUUUAUGAUGUAUAUAGCAAAGAGACAUUACUCAAUAAAUACUCAUGAUUGAGACU